AUGAUCAUUUCGAAGAUUGAUUCGACCCCCACUCCAGAUUGGCUACGGGAAUCGGUUCUUACUUUUCUCAACAGCAUUGUAUCUGACCCGCUACUUCCUAACCCAUUAUUUGCUGUCCGCUCCUCAGGAGUUACGGAAGAUUUGGAAGAAGCAAGUUUUGCUGGAAUGAACGACACGUUUCUUAAUGUUCAUGCGGAUUGCAAUGCAGUGUGCGAAGCUAUCCGCAAUUGCUGGAAGUCUUUGUUUGGAAAACGUUCCGUUGUUUAUCGAAUCGAGAACGGGUAUCCAGCGUACCUAACAUCCAUAGCAGUAGUUGUCCAGGUGAUGAUUCCUUCCGAAUCUUCUGGAGUUAUUUUUACGGCAGAUGCCCAGAGUGGUUCUCGUGGCAUCAUUUCUUUAGAUGGCGUCCAGGGACUUGGAGAGGCACUUGUCAGUGGCCAGGUCAAUACUGAUCACUGGACAGUUCGUAAGGCAUACGAUAAACGCCCAAUGGAAGUGGUGGACUGUGUUUUGGGACAGCAAGCCUUCAAGCUCAGGUCCAAAUACCCAGAACCUGGAACAGAAAAGAUCGAGUUGAAUGAAGAGGAAGGUGCCAAGUCGUGUUUUACAGAUGCUCAAGUGAACGAAGUGUGUGCAGUUUCGUGUGACAUCGAAAAGUAUUAUGGCAUUCCGAUGGAUAUUGAGUUCUGCUUCUAUCGGGGUUCCCUAUUCAUUGUUCAAGCCAGACCAAUCACUCGACUGCCCAUCAUUCCCGAUCGUAUGAAUCCUCUAAAGAACACUGACUCCAUACAAUGGUCAGCAUGGGUUAGCUUUUCUCAUGUUCAAAUGUUAACGGAGCCUGUAUCUCCUUGUGGAACUUCCGUUCUUCGUCGAUUAGUGGGAGUGUCUGAGAAGUAUGUUACUCAAGUGAGUGGACAUCCCUAUAUCAAUUUCGCAGUAUUAUUCUCAAACCCUCUUGUUCGAAAGAAGGCUUUUAGUUGGGAUUCAUUGCUUUGUUUGCAGGAGACUUAUGCGACUGAUUAUCCCUAUUAUAAGCACACUUUAAGCAAGAAAGCAUUCAAGGAGAUCUUUAGGGCGGUUCUCGGAAAGAUCAUGAAAAGAAUGGCAAAGUUCCUCAUCUCUCGUCCCCCAAUCGAACAGAUCCGAAAGGAAAUUACCGAAUUCAUUGCACUGUGCGAGCAGAGUGGGAAGCCAAAUGCAGAACAUCCAGAGAGUUUGAAAGAGUAUCUUGACAGACUCCACACUGUCAUCAUUGCACUUAUUCCGACGAUUGCUCCCUUUUUGCUUUUGAGCUUUUUAUCGAUGCAGAAAAUCAGCAAAAUCGUGAAGCCGUAUGGAAUCGAAGAAAAAGUAAUUCAAAAAAUGUGGGGAAAUCGCCCUGAGAACGUUGCAAGUCAAAUGAAUCAUUCGGUCAUGCGAAUGGUGAUAUUGUUGCGAGAGAUCUGUGCUUCGGAUGAAGAGUUGAACCGUUUCGUUGAGGAGGUGUGCGAAGAUGAGAACGAUCGAGGGAAUGAAGUCAUUGAAUUGAUGUCGAAGUCGUCCGAUCCGAAGAAGCAGCAAUUUGUGGAGGAAUGGAAUGAUUUUAUGACUCGUUUUGGUCGAAGAGGUCCGAUGGAAAUCGAUAUUGCGAGCCCGCGCUAUCAGAAUCACCCUUCCUUGCUUCUUCGUAUGAUCCGAAACAUCGAUCCAACUGGAUACAAAGACGAGAAGGCGUGCAAUGAAGAGAGAGAGGAGGCGAUCCAAUCAGUGCUGUCGAAGCUCAGUAAGUCUCAUCAGAAGAAAGUGAAGAAGCUUCUUCCCUAUGCUCAAGUGUUUUUAAGCUAUCGCGAGCAUCCGAAAUAUGGAAUUAUCUCGAUUCUGAGCAGCAUGCGAGGCUAUAUUCUGGAGAUCGGUAAUUCUUUGAAGAACGAGGGAAAGCUGGAGAACGCCGAAGAUAUUUUCUUUAUCAAAAUGGAGGAACUGCUGGAGAUGGAGCAGGGAAUUGCUGAUGGCACGAACUUCCGCAAUCUUGUGAAGGAACGCAAAGAAAUCGAUCAGUUCGGCAGGACGCAGCCGUUCCCUCGCGUCAUUUUCGGUCCGGAAUGCAUCAUGCGAACGAUUUCCAACGCCACCAUGCAGGAGCUCAAGAACUUGCCUCCCUCUAUGCUGAAGGGACUACCCACAUCACCUGGAGUGUACGAAGGCACGGCUGUAGUGGUGGAGCAUCCUGACUCCGCAGUGGUCAACAAGGGUGACAUCUUGGUGGCACGAGCCACCGACCCUGGGUGGACCCCGUUGUUUGUUCCUGCGGGGGCUGUGGCAAUCGAGGUUGGAGGACCUCUUACUCAUGGGAGUGUUGUGGCUCGAGAACGCGGAAUUCCGUGCGUGGUGGGAAUUACGGAUCUGAUGAAAAAGAUCAAGAGCGGAAUGAGACUUCGUGUUGAUGGGGAAAAGGGGACAGUGGAAAUAUUGAAAGUGGAAGGAGAUAGUUGA